ACAAAAAUCAUCCAUGAAGCUUCAUGCCAUCAAUGAAGGAAAAAUACAACUUUUCACAAGAAGAAAGACCUCAUCAAAGAUAGCCCAUAUUGUAGCCCUAACUCUAAUUGUCACCAUUGUCCCUAUAUAUUAUCCUUACAUUCGUUACAUUAUUCUUGAAAAACCAACUUCAAUAUCUUCAUCUUCGAAUGAUAUUUUACAAGAUCAAUCCACAACUCUUUCCCAUCACCAUCCUCUAUAUCGUAGCCAUCUUUUACCCGCGACACAUAAAGGAGAGAAUGAUCAAAAUGUGGUGGUACCAAUCUUGGAGAAUAAGGAAACCCGUAAGAGGGAUAAGAGGAAAAGAGGGACGAAGAAAAAGAGGCGUCGAGAGGUGGUAUUAGAGCCUCCAAGAGGUGUUGAUGGUGGUGGUAAUUAUAAUACUAACAAGUCUUGUGAUUUAUUUUCGGGUGAAUGGGUUGAAAACGACGAGGGGCCUUAUUACACGAAUGAGACGUGUUGGGCUAUACAAGAGCAUCAAAAUUGUAUGAAAUUUGGGAGACCAGAUAGGGAUUUCUUGAAAUGGAGAUGGAAACCUUAUAAUUGUGAAUUGCCGGUUUUUGAUCCAUGGCGAUUUCUUGAGAUGAUGAGGGGGAAGUCUCUUGCAUUUGUUGGUGAUUCUGUAUCAAGAAAUCAUAUGCAAUCUCUUCUUUGCCUAUUAUCAAGGGUUACAUAUCCGAAUGAUGUUUCAAACUCAAGUGACCAAAAUUACAAAAGCUACGAGUACCCAGACUACAACUUCAACAUUUCGAUUUUUUGGUCACCUUAUUUAGUGAACACAGAAAGAACGGACCAGCUAGAUAUAACACAGCCAUUCAAACUCUACCUCGACGAAUUUGACGAAUCUUGGACAUCCCACAUUGAAAACUUCAACUAUGUCAUCAUCUCUUCGGGUCAAUGGUUUUUUCGACCCACGUUAUUCUAUUCAAACCGUGUAAUAAUUGGUUGUCUUUAUUGCUCUGAAAGCACUAUUCACCACCGCUCUGCCUUCUUCAGCUACAGGAGGGCAUGGCGAAGUGCUUUCAGAGCAAUAAAUAGCUUGAAGAAUUUUAAGGGGAUUGUUUUUUUGAGAUCUUUUGUACCAUCACAUUUUGAAGGUGGACAUUGGGAUAAAGGUGGGGAUUGUGUAAGAACAAAGCCUUUUAAGAGCAAUGAAACUGUGAUGGCAGAUUAUAAUUUGGAAAUGUACAACACUCAAUUGCAAGAGUACAAGAUUGGAGAGCGUGAAGGUAGAAGAAAAGGUAUUAAAUUUAAGUUUAUGGACAUGACCCAAGUUAUGCAAUUGAGACCAGAUGGACACCCUAGCAAAUAUGGUCAUGGGCCUUUCCAAAAUGUGACCAUGGCUAAUGACUGUGUCCAUUGGUGCUUGCCUGGUCCAAUUGAUGCUUGGAAUGAUUUUUUGGUGGAGUUAAUAAAAAGGGAGGAGGAUAAUAGAUAGUAUUAUGUGCAUUGAUAUUGAUAAUUUGUACAUUAUGAAGGAAAGUUUAUAAUGUAAAUUCAUCAUAGUUGGGCUUAAUUAACAUUGA